AUGGAAGGUCAUUGGUCCCGUACCUGUCGUACGGUCGAGUAUCUUGUCGAUCUGUAUCAAGCAUCAUUGAAAAAGAAGGACAAAGGCGUUGAGACAAAUUUUAUUGAUCAAACGAAUGACUAUGAUGAUGGUGAUGAUGCUGAUAUGACACACCUCGAUGUAGCUGAUUUUUUUGAGCAUCCUGAAGAUUUUAUGCCCCGUUCUUCUCGCACAGGUGAAUUGAUAUACGACGCAGAGGUUGAGAAGGCAGCGCGUAAGCGGAGGCAAGAGACCAAGAGACGAAAACAAGGGCACUUAAUUGCUGCAAACGAGCCAGCAGAAGACGGAUCGGGGUUGAUUCACCUUCUACCUUCUUUCCAUGGUCUCUCUGGCGAAGAACCCCACAAACAUGUCAAGGAAUUCGAGGUAGUUUGCUCCAGCAUGAAACCUCCUGGGGUCACUGAGGAGCAGAUAAGACUUAGAGCUUUCCCCUUCUCUCUCAAGGAUGCAGCAAAAGAUUGGCUAUACUACCUACCAGCGGGUAGUAUUACCACAUGGGCACAGUUAAAAAAGAAAUUCUUGGAAAAAUUCUUCCCUGCAUCCCGAGCUGCGAGUUUGAGGAAGGAGAUUUGUGGCAUUAAGCAAUAUCCCGGUGAGUCCUUGUAUGAAUACUGGGAAAGGUUUAACAAGUUGUGCACUAGAUGCCCGCAGCACCAAAUUAGUGAGCAACUGUUAAUCCAAUACUUCUAUGAGGGGCUCCAAUCAACAGACAGGAGUAUCAUUGAAGCUGCCAGUGGGGGAGCACUUGCAAACAAGACACCGAGGGAAGCGUGGGAGCUCAUCGAAGCCAUGGCAGAGAACUCCCAGCAAUUUGGUUUCCGUGAGAGCAACCCUCCCCGUAAAGUCAACGAGGUAGAGAUUUCAUCCAUACAGCAGCAAAUGUUAGAAUUGACAUCGGUUGUUAGGCAAUUAGCCAUGAGAGAAACACCGCGAGCAAAGGUGUGUGGGAUCUGUACUAGCAUGGACCACUGCACGGACACGUGCCCCAUUUUGCAAGAGGACGGGGCGGAGCAGGUGAACAUGGCUGGAGGCGUGCCCGCGCCUCGUAGGCAGUAUGAUCCGUACUCCAACACGUACAAUCCGGGUUGGAGAGAUCAUCCCAAUUUCAGCUAUGGGAACAGGCAACAAAAUUCAUUUCCGCAUCGUCCACCAGGAUUUCAGCAACCAUGGCAACCGAAAUCACAACCAUCAUCCUCCAACACAGGGAGUUCCUUGGAGGAUAUUGUAAAGAGUCUGGCUACGACUACCGCCCAGAUCCAGCAAGAGACUAGACAGUUCCAGCAGGAGACCAGGUCAUUGACCACAAAUAUGGCUCAACUCCAACAAGAAACUAGAGCUUUAACCAUGAGCACCACUCAGUUCCAACAGGACACCAAAGCAGGCAUGAAGGACAUGGAGAUUCGAAUGAGUCAAAUGGCAACUGCCAUUAACCGCCUGGAGUCCCAUGUCUAUGGGAAAUUGCCAUCACAACCCGAGGCAAAUCCCAGGAAUGUAAGUGCCAUGACAUUAAGGAGUGGCAAAGAGGUGGAUGGACCUAAAGUGGUAAAUUCGAAAAGCAAAAGUGAGGAGGAGAUAGAAAAGGAGAUUGAAGAGGAAGGGCGCAUUCGCGAAGAGCCUAAGGUAACAUCUAUUCCUUCGAUCCCUAUUAAAUCUAAUAUAGCUCCUUUUUCUUGCAGGUUGGAAAAGACAAAGAGGGCAGAGAAGGAAAAAGAAAUCCUGGAUGUGUUCCGCAAAGUUCAAGUAAACAUCCCCCUAUUGGACGCGAUCAAGCAGGUACCCAAGUACGCAAAGUUUUUGAAAGACUUGUGCGUUAACAAAAGAAAGCUAAGGGGUGAUGAAAGAGUGAUGGUGGGAGAGAAUGUAUCAGCUGUACUUCAAAGGAAACUCCCACCCAAAUGCGGAGAUCCAGGUAUGUUUGCUAUCCCCUGUAAGAUUGGUCAUUCUAGUAUAAAAAAUGCCAUGAUAGAUUUAGGAGCUUCUAUUAAUGUGAUGCCUAAGUCAAUCUAUGAUUCCCUAAAUUUAGGACCUUUAAAAGAAACGGGGAUAAUAAUUCAAUUGGCUGAUCGUACAUGUACUUAUCCGGAUGGGAUAGUUGAGGAUGUUUUAGUGCAAGUAGAUGGAUUAAUUUUUCCUGCUGACUUUUACGUGCUUUACAUGGAUGAUAGAAGUGCCCCAAAUCCAUCACCCAUUAUAUUAGGAAGACCAUUUUUGAGUACUGCCCAGACUAAAAUUGAUGUUAGUAAGGUGUUGGGGCAUGUUGCUGUGAUGAAUGACACAAUCAAAGUGAGUGGUUAUGUGGUCAAGUAUGCCAGCUAUGCAUUUUGUUUCCCUUGGCAGUGUCGUUGA